UAUGCAUUAUCAAUAACUGAGCAACCACCUGGCAAAACCUUAACAACCAACACCUAUAUAUUAGCAACAACUAAACAACCACCUGGCAAAACCUUAGCAACCAACACAUAUGCAUUAGCAACAACUGAGCAACCACAUAGUAAACCGCAGCAAACAAAACCCAUACAUUGGCAACAACUGAGCAACCACUUAAUAAAACCUUAGCAAACAACACAGCACAUAUACAUUAGCAACAACUGAGCAACCACCUAGAAAAACCUUACCAACACAGCUGCAUUAGCAACAACUGAGCAACCACAUAGUAAAACCGCAGCAAACAAAACCCAUACGUUAGCAACAACUGAACAACCACUUAUAAAAACCUUACUAACUAACACAUAUGCAUUAGCAACAACUAAGCAACCACCUGGCAAAACCUUAACAACCAACACCUAUAUAUUAUCAACAACUAAGCAACCACCUAGCAAAACCGUAGCAACCAACAUCCAUACAUUAGCAACAACUAAACAGCCACCUAGAAAAACUUACCAACUCACACAUAUGCAUUAGCAACAACUGAGCAACCACCUAGAAAAACCUUAACAACCAACACCUAUAUAUUGGCAACAGCUGAGCAACCACCUAGAAAAACCUUACCAACUCACACAUAUGUAUUAGCAACAGCUGAGCAACCACCUAGCAAAGUGUAGCAACCAACACAUCACACAAACAUUAGCAACCACUUUGCAAAACUUACCAACCAACACAUAUACAUUAGAAACAACUGGGCAACAAUUUAGUAACACCAUAGCAACUAACACCUAUACAUUGGCAUAUAGCAAUUAACAAAUAUACAUUAGCAACAAUUAGCAACCACCUAGCAACACCAUGGCCACCAGCACAUACAUUAGUAGCAACUGAGAAACCGCCUAGCAAAACUUUAGCUACCAAAAACUUUACUUUCUUUCUGUAAUUUCAGUUUUUUUUUACUGUAUUUUUACAGGAUUGUCUUUUACUGUUGUCAGUUAGUCGUGUGACUAGAUGCCUGAAGGUUCUGUGAUAGUUUAUGUUUAUGUGUUAAAUUAAAAAAUGUAUUUUUAAUGUGUUUUAUCUGAUGAACCUGGGGAACGAGAGACUUGGUACUUUUUCUGUUAUGAAAAAAGUGGAAGUUGCGUUGCUUAAUGAGUCUGUCAUAAGAAAAGGGGCAGAAAAGGGAGGAAAUGUUGAAAUGCUUGACUGAUUUAUGCAUCAGCUGCGUUACCGUAAACCCAGUGAACCAAACAGACUUCUCUUUUUAAUAUUAACACACUCGACUCCUACAGCUAUGCUUUAGCUUUAGCGCUACCUGAGCAGGUAAACCUCCGCACUCAUCCUGGAGCAGGUUAUAUAGGAAGAGCUGAUCAGUAAUAAAUGCAAAAAUAUAAAGAGACGAAAAAGAGGAAGAGGAAACUGCUGCUCGGGUUUCUGGAGUUUUUAUGGGGCAAAAGUUUAUUUUUUUCUUGCUGCGACUUUCUGAGUACAUGGACAUUUUUCAUUAAGAGUCAUUGAGCCGGCUGUGCAACGUUUAAUUUGAAGAUGCUGCUUGUUGUCAAUGUAAGACAUUUGCUGUUUCUUCAACUGACUGUUCUUGGGGUUUUUGGAGAGCGAGGCUGGAGUGUGAAAUAUAAGCACAGUAAUAUAUGUGCUUUAAAAGGUUCCUCUGUGUUUAUACACAGCAACUACACUCAUCCCUCUGGUCUCACAGGUGUAAAGAAGUUUUGGGCCAAAAAUCCAUCUAAUGGUGUAGAACCGACUGACCUGACUACAGUUCCAGGUUAUACAGAUCGGGUUCAAUAUUCUGACAACGAAAAUCAAACCUUCUACCUCCACCUGCAGACUGUGAAUAAGAGUGAUGAGCACAUGUACUGCGUCAGAAUCACUACAAAUGAAAAAGCUGAAAGAUAUCUGGGAUAUCCUGGAGUGAUGCUUAGGGUUACAGAACUCAGGGUGGUGGUUCCUGAGCGGGUUUCUGAGGGAAAUGCAACACUGCUAACGUGUGCAACCACCUGCAAUCUGACGGAAAAAGCAACGUUUACCUGGUUUAAAAACGGACAGCUUUUACAAACGAAUAACCAAAACCUGAACACCCUCUACAUCCAGUCGACCAGAAUUGAUGAUGCUGCACGCUACUGCUGUGCUGUGAAACAAUAUGAACAUUGUUGUUCUCCAGAGGUUUUUCUCAAUGUCAGAUAUCCUCCAAAGAACGUCUCAGUGUCCAUCAGUCCCUCUGGUGGAAUAGUGGAGGGAAGUUCAGUGACUCUGACCUGCAGAGGUGAUGCUUACCCACCUGUACAGAACUACACCUGGUUUAAGGUAAAAGCAAUGGUUGGACAAGGUUCAACCUUCACCAUCUCCAAGAUCAGCCCUGAGGACAGUGGGGAGUACAAGUGCAAGUGCAUCAAUGCAGAAGGUGUUCGGUAUUCUGCUGUUGUGACUCUGAAAGUCGUGGAUGGGCUGAGCAAAUGCCACCAAGCUGUUAUUGGAGUUCUUAUCUUCUCUGCAUUCUUAUCUUUUGCUGUUGUUUUGGUCCUUCUAUGGUGGAAGAAAAAGUUCUGCUGGUCUGAGGACCAAACUUUAAAGCAGGACAACAUUUACAGCAACGUAUCUGUCCAAACACCUGCCAGAAAUGCUCCUCAGUCUAAGACUAGUUCACAUGAUCAAGAUGAUUGCCAGUAUGCCAUCAUUGAACACCAGAGUGCUAUGGACUCUCCAGUGGAAGCUUCUUCUUCCAGAUAUGAUGAGGAGGCCCAGUAUUCCAUGGUCCAGCACUGUGGUGAUGAACCUGUGAAGAAUACCCAAGAGGAGGACAUUCAGUAUGCCUGUGUCACUUUCAACCAGUCAAAUAGACCUGCUGAAACAGUGAAGAAUGAUUCAGUCAUCUACAGCACUGUCAAAUGACCAUGACCCACCACUUAAACCUCAAAUCUUCAACUCAUCAUCUGGAUGAUCUAAAUGCUCCACGGCAGAUGCAGCACGAUGCAAGACUUCAGUCUUGGAUAUAAUCCUUUAUAUAUAUAUUCCUUUAUGGAAGGUUGUGUAAAGAAUUUUCAAGUUCCUAGAUCAUUCCACUUGAUUGUGUUGGUUUAAUAUGUUAUUCGUCAUUUGAUUCAUGGAUUUUUCAAGGAGUUUGGAGACGAUUUACAAGCUCUGUGUAAAGUUUUGACAUAUUGAACAACUAAUGGGACUAUUGUUAAGAUUACGCCAAUUGUUUCCGCACUACCUUGCAUUUCUCACAAAUUUUCUGCUUGUAUUAAUGUUGAUACUCUUAUCAGGCCUUGACUAUGAACAACUGACUCUAUGGAUGGUCCUAAUUAUGUCACUUUUGACAUAAUGUUGCCUUAGACAUUCUGAAUCCAAAACUCAUCUUAAAAAUAUGUCUCUUCAUUGCUUUCCCAGAACUGUCUGGUGUGUCUCUGCUCCCAGGACAUCAUCAUGUUGGCACAGAGAGACUGCAAAUAACUGUAAUGAUGAUUAUCUUCAAAUUAAAGACUUGUAGUUAAAUGA